CUGAUCAUUCUUGACGUCACAUCCGUUGUAAUUACAAAUUAAUUUUGGCCUGAAAAUGGUCAAAUAGUGUUUUUCUCUGCGGAAGAAAGCAAUGGAAUUGCAGAGUAUGGGUGAAAGAGUAUUUGCCGCUGAAUGUAUACAAAAGAAAAGAAUUCGUAGAGGUAAAGCAGAGUACUAUGUCAAAUGGAAAGGAUGGUCCACAAAAAAUAACACAUGGGAGCCAGAAAGUAAUAUUCUUGAUAAAAGACUUAUUGAUGCUUUUAACAGAAGAAAUCCAGAGGUAGGUCACAAGAAGAGGGGACCAAAACCAAAGAAGCAUAGUAAACAGUCUUCAGCAUCAAAUGACCUCAGUGACCAGUCAGAUGAAGAUUCGGACAAACCACAUAAAAGUAGUUCACAAUCAAGGGGCGCCGUUUCUGAUUCUGACAGUGACGAUUCAGAUAAUCAAUCCAAAAGUGACGAUGACUCAAUGUCAGACACAUCGCAGGAGUCAAAGUCAGCUGUUAAUGAUAAAUCUAGUGUGAAUAGUGACUCCUCAGAUGAGGAAAACAAGAAAGAUAUGGAUAGAAUCAAUAAUGAUUCUAGUGGUUCAGUGACUCCACCCCCUCCUAAGUUGACACCAGUCAGAAAACGUGGCCGACCACCUGGAUCACUGAAUAAACCCAAGCAUUUAUUAUUACCCCAUUUACAGAGCAUGAAACAGAGAGGCAGAGGGGCUGUUGGUAGGCCAAGAGGUAUUGGAAGAGGCAGAAAUAUAAAAAGGGGCUAUGGGAGAGGCCUUAGCCAAGGUAGAGGGAGCUCUAAAGCUGCCUGUUUGCUUAAAACUAUUGGAAGAGGUCUGAAUCGCUCACCUGGAAAAAUACUGAAAGCUAGAGGAGGUGUAAGAGGUAGAGGAAUGAGAGGGUCGGCUCUGAACAAAAUCAAAAUGAAAUCAGGGAGACCUCCUGGAAGACCCAGAAAGGUUGACAAGACAAACACAUCCACUGACAAAAAUACUCCAAAAUCCAUCAAUUCGCCAAAAGACAUUAAAUCCAUGAAGUUUUUCUCCCAUUUGAAAGCAGAAAAAUCCAGUCCUGAGAAUGACAGAAAGUGGAAUAAUAUGGGGUCUUUAGAAGGUGUUAGUAUAUUGGAACAUGAACCAGACUCGAUGGAUGAUGAUUAUGGUGAUGAUGAUGAUGAUGACGAGGAGGACUAUGACAAUGGUGACAGUGACAGUUUAAUGGACCGGCCCAUAGAUUAUCGUAAUUACUGGAUUCCUCCAUCUAACGUGAAAUCAUUACUGGAUCAAGUGUGUAUAACGGAUGUGACAACUAAUUCGGGAACGAUAACUUUCAGGGAAUGCACAUCAGAAUCUGGUUUCUUUAAUAAAGAGGCUGAAUCGCAGAGCUGAUGACUAUCGUUGUCAUAUCAUGUAUAUUUAUAUCAUACUUUCAUAAUUUACAUUUCUCACUCUCUCUCUCUCAGCCAAAAAUAAUCUUUAUUGGUUUGCCACUAGUUUUUUCUUUUCUAUUUUGAUCACUAACAUGAAUUUGAAUUUUUGUUAUUAUUUUAGAUAUAAAUUAGAUAUGAAUCUUUGUUCAAUAUGUAGAUGUUUUAUGAACGUGUAAGGUGCUAGCACCAAUAAUGUCUUAUCAGACUAUACUAUGCUAUAGGGCCUGCCUGAGCAUCUACGCAUUUUAAUUAGACUUUAUACUGUUUUGUGCUCAUUAUUUUGAUAUUUAAAUUCCUUACAGUAGACAGUUCAAAGGUCAACUAAUCCAUCUGACAAAUGGGAUGAGAGAUAGUAAGUUACUAUUAUUAUUGUUGUGAUCAUGUUGUUGUGAAAUAUCAUCAACUCAUAAAGCCGUGUAUUGUGUUCAAUCAUGAAAUAAUGCAUUUAUUUAUUUCAUACUCAAAAACCAUCAUCCCUACAUAUUACUCAUGUAUCUGUGUUAUACUCUAACGUCCCUGAACAAUGUAUGUUUAUCAAAAUGGCUCAAGAUUUAGGUGUGUAUGAUGGUGUUAAAUGGUUUAUAAAUGUGAAAAUGUUUGUGCCACACUAAAUGAAUUCUAGAGACAUAACCGAUACUAAAAGUUCUGUUGUAAAAACUUUAAACUUGCUUUGUUUACAAUGUAACAACCUGGGAUGGUUACAAAUACAUCAUUCCUAUGAUUUUAGUUCAGUCAGCUUGUAUUGAGCCUGACACCGCUGUCACAAUGAUAGCACCACAAAUCCGGGUGUGUUGUACUUGAAUGCCUCCUGUUUGUCUCACUGUGAUGGUAAUGUAUUUAUCAGCUAAAAUUUAGCUGUGUAUAUCGUGUUUGUAACUUGUUCAUGCAUUAAGGUUAUUCUGCUCUAUUA